AUGAAUGAAGAACAAGAAAUGGAUAUUGAAACAAACUACUCGACUUCAGUUCCUGAACUUGAAGCGAGCUUUAAUACAGAAAAAACGAAUAAAUCUACAUUUGAUGAACAAAAUUUACGCAGACCUUCUCUUACUUUGUCUGAGGAGGAACGGGAUGACUCUGUACCUGGCUAUGAAUCAACAGAAAACCUUUCAGCAGCACCAGAAGAGCCUGCUAUGGCUAUCCCGGAAAGGAACCAGAUAGAGCCCAAUUAUACAAAGAAAGAAAGAGAUUUCAAACUAGAAAAUGUCAGUGCGAAUGCGGUUAUCGACAAGUAUGGACGACUUGCUGACGGUUUGGAGUACAAGACUAAAACGUUUUGCUUAAAUGGCAGAGGUGAUGUAUUGUACAUGCUUGGAACGGAAUGUGCAAGGAUCUUGGGAUUCAAGGACAGUUAUUUUAUGUUCCAUAAAACCUUAAAUUUACGUAAGAUUUUGACGAAUCAAGCCGAAAGAGAUCAGCUUGUUUAUAUGGGUAUCCUCGCUCCUAAGUAUCGCUUUCGUCAAUUAAGCAUUGUUCCCGCAAGGCAAGUUUUUCUUGCAUUUGGCCCUAAAAUAUUGUUGAAAGGAACCGUUGAUCCCCAGCUUUAUAAAGAUCUUUGGGAUGCAAAUUGGUCAUGGGCAGACGAGGAAUUUUCCCAUUUAGAUAAUUCGAUGCUUAGUAGUACUCGAUCCUCUUCCGUAAAACCCGAGGCAAGGUCGAUAGAUCAGGCAACGCUUGGUUUUGGGGAAAAUUUCCGAGAGAAAUACCUACUUGCUUUAGUGAAUGAGGUAUCGGACUAUAACACAUCUUUAGGGAAAAUGAGAAACUUUAGACGAGAUGCGCUUCGCUACUAUUACCAUGAAGCUCGCUCUUCAAAGACAAGCUCAUAA